AGUAUUAAGCUUGUGUGGAUGACUCGAGGUGAACACAUCAAAGUGCACCACCAGUCCAUCUCCACCUUGGUUCACACUGAAUUUUAAAAUGCUUUUGUGGUGGAUAUAUCGGUGUCGAUUUACAGUGGUGGUAAGCCUUGAUGGCCUAUGAACUUAAUAAAUACAUCGAUUUCCUGUUUUACCAGUUGGUGUUGAUCCUCUCUUUGGCCAGAACUGUCUGAAGAGAGAUAGCUUAGGACUACUUAUUAUACACAUGAAGAAAAUUCAAGCAAGCCAGAUGUUUCCGUGGGUUUGGUAUCCAAAUGUAGACAAGGGAAAUAGCCAAUGGUCAAGCGUUAAUGGCCGAAGUGUACAGCUAUCUGCGACACCACUCCAACAAAUCUCCGACAUUGAGUUUCACCAACUUCAGAAGAUUUCACUUCAGAAACUUCAAGCAAUAGAUAUUGGACAUGUUGUCAUUCCCAAAGAUCCAGCACUCAAAAGGCCAAAGAAAGGGGGCAGUAUUUUGCGAAGCAGACAGAAGAACACAAAUUUAAUUGAUACGUUGAAACUUAAAGAAGCCAGCAAAGAUGGGAAAGAUGCUCUUUCCGGAUUAAUGUUUGGGAUCCCAUUAGAAAAAUGUAUUUCGCACGAUGAACAAUUGCGAAAAUACCGAUCUUCACGUAUGAGAGAACGACGUGAGAGCUUGGACCUCGCACACUCUAACGCAGUCAGACCAAAACCUCGUCAGCUAAAGAAUGCUCCAAAGGGUGUAAACUUCACUCCUAAUGCCGACAAAACAUCGCUUUUGGAUGCACUGUCAUUAUCAACAGCUGGCAGCGUUACUCAUAGACGGGAGCGACGCAAGAGCCUCAAUCCACGUGAACCGCAGGUUCCGCAAGUUGUUAUGAGCUGUAUCAGACAUCUGGAGAAGUAUGCAAUGAGGACGGUUGGGAUAUUCCGAGUCGGGGGAUCCAAGAAGCGGACCAGACAGCUUAGAGAAGCAUAUGAUAGUGGAACAGAAAUUUGGCUGAACGAAACGCAUUCAGUGCAUGAUGUUGGCGCCCUCUUGAAAGAGUUCUUUCGUGAUAUACCCGAACCUCUUCUGACUCGAGACCUUUACACAGUAUUUGUUGCUGCUGGACGAGUCAGUGACCAGGAAAAACAGCUACAAAUCUUACAAUGGUUGGUUUAUUUACUUCCAACCGCUAAUCGAGACACAUUAUUCGCCCUCUUGAAGUUCCUACGGAAGGUUGCUGACAAUGCUGAGGAUAUAAUCAAUGAAAAUGGAGAAGAGGUUAUUGGUAAUAAGAUGGACGUCCAGAAUCUUGGUACCCUAUUUGGCCCGAAUAUUCUACGGAAAACAAAAGCUGGUCAGGAACUGCACGGCGAAGCGAUGGAACAGAGGGAAGAGAGUCGUGAAGUAAUCGCAACGGUCAGCCUCCUGGUUGAUCAUCAUGAAGACAUAUUCAUGGUUCCUGCCAGUCUAUUAGAUGAAGUUUUGAAUCACAUUCUAGAGACAGAACCAGACGCAUUGGACUACCUUCUGAAUCGCAAAGCUUCUUGCAUCACUUCUAAGGAAUCUACAGACCUCGAAUCUACUAGCACCGGUAGUCUGAACGAAGAUAACGAACUGUCUACGUCGUUAGCAUCAUCAACUGAACUCGAUCCUUUUCAAACAAGGUUUCCCUCACAAGGACGAUCAUCAUCAAAUAAUUUAACAAGUAAAAUUGUUGAAGAUCCUGAGGAGUUGUCAUACGCUGGUCCGUAUCCAAUCUUCAAAUCGUCUGACAACGCCAAUCAUUGUUCAAAGUGCCACGAUGACCAGCAGAGUUCACUUGCAGGCAGUGAACGAAAAUUUAAAGUUUCUCCUCAGCUUAAUACCCGCGGAUUGAAUCGGGGUUGCUCUUCCCCCGAACUUGGAAUGCGAAAUCAUAAUAAUAAUGUUUUUGUAGAAUCAUUGAUUACUCGGGACCGUCAAAACUCGGUGACAUUAUCACCUCGGACUUCACGUAGAAUUAAGUACGCAGAAAUUCAAUCUGGUAAUAGCGGCUGCCCUAAUAUGCAGACGUCUCCUGCACAGAGAUCUCCAAGUAUGCAGAGAAGAUACGUUGGUAACAUAGCACAAACGGUUCAGAAUGAUCAGUUUCUUGUACCGUCUCGUAAAACGGCCGUCGGAUCAAAGGAUCAUAGUCCGGGUUGCCAGAUGAAAAGCCCAAAACUAGUACGUAGGUCUGCCACGGCGGCAUUUGCCGAACAGAAACAGAAAGACGAGAACACUAACUCACCCGUAUGGGUGCCAAAAAAAAGAACUGUAGAAUCCUUACCAGAGGACAAUAGACAAACAGAGCACCCUGUUAAUAACACGCCAAGCCUAAGUAGCUACGCAAGCGUUGAUUCCGAGAUUUGGUUCACGCCGCCUAUAUCACCACUUGAUCUUACAAAGCAAAGAGAUAAUACGAUUAGAAACGAUCGACUUAGUUCUGGAAGCUAUUCUCCCAUUGAAUUUGAUACAGAUGAAGAGAAAAUUAAGAAAAAGAAAGAAGAGAUACAGUGGAAACAGUGGGAAAAGAUGGCAGCGGAAAACAGGGGAGAUUUACUUGGACAAGAAACUUUGGUUUAAGUGGGAGACAAUUUUAGAUAAUUAUAGUAUAUUAAAUAAUAAUUAUUAACUAAAUUAAGUAAAUUUAUAUUCCAUGAUGAGCAAUGGUUUUAUUUCUGUAAUGAAAUAAAUUUAAAAAUAACAGUAGUUCCGUAAAGAAUUUUAAACAUGUUAAUAGUUGCGCAAUUUUGUAUUUUACUUGUACGGUAGAUAUAAGCAGGGUCAAUUUUAUAACCUCAGUUGUUCUACCAGUCUGGAGACAUUUCAUUAAGAUCCGAAACCCAAGUCUUUCUCGAUAAUUUUUAGCCAGAUUGUGUGGGGUGUGUUUUUGCCAUCAAAUUUCAAAACUGUACAGAUCAGGUGAGGGGAAUAUACCAACAAUGUUACAAUGAAAAAAAAUAGUCUUCAAAAUGUAAAUAACUCAAUAUUAAUUAAACAUAAGAAUUUGGAAAUAGCGAAAACAGUGGCGAUGCUAGUGAAGGAGAGGUCCAUGAGGCACAGGACUCACCGCCGGGGAACCGUAGACCCCCUAGGCAGGGAAAAAAUGUCAGUUUAUUUUGUUGGGAACACUGCUUUGAAAAAGCAUUUUUACAGUCACAGAGUCCUGCAACUUCGGGGCAUAUAGAAGUGCCUAUUCUUAAAAUUUGCUCAAACCAUCGUAGAAUUGAGGUAGUUGUGGUCACCUACUGUAUAAUUGUACAUUAGAUAGGUUCAGAAAUUUUGAGCCCUUGUAAGGAAACUUAGAGCCCCUAUUGGAGAAUCUCUGGCACCCCCACUGAUUGAUGGCUUUGCGAGUUGAAAACAACUCUGAUUAUAAUCUGUUUAUUUAAACAUAGAAUAAAAAUUACAAACCAUAUAACGAAGCAAAUGAGAUUAGAAUGAAAUUAGAGGACAAGUCUAAUUAAACGAAUUUAAAUAUAUUGUAAUGUAACGAUAGAAAACUCGGAUAUUAUAUAAUAUUUAUUAUAUUGUACAUAUGUAUCAACAUGAAGUUGAACUGUUUCAUUUUUUCAUGGCUGCGUGCAUAAUAAAUUGCAAUUAUUUUAGAA